AAAGAAUUUUACUUCAUAUAAUUAAGUUGUAAUAAAUUAAAGACCUGAGGUUCAGUGUCUUGAUCAAGAUCAAGAUCCUCUAUCAGGUUAAUCAUUCAGGGAUCACUAGUGGUAGUUUAUGAAUCUGCCCUUGAGGAAUUUGAACCCACAACCCUUUAGUUACCAGCCCAAAUAUAUAAGAAUUAGACAACAAUUAGACCACAUGUCAAACCUGUGUGACAUUAUUUUUAUGAGAAUUAAGCACCAACCCACUCCACAUUUUUAUUACGAAAAAGCAUCUAUAUGUGUUAUUUUGUUGAGUUUGUUUGUAAUUUUAAUUAUUCUCAAUGCUGAUUCUCAUUCAAUUCUUAAAUUACUGGAAUACCAUAAUGAAAAUCAUCCAGUCUGUCCUCAUCCUCCUGGACUUGUCUACUGCUUUUGACACAGUGAACCACCAGAUCCUCCUGUCCACUCUCUCUGACCUAGGCAUCACAGGAAAUAUGCUUGGAUGGUUUGAGUCAUACCUCACAGGCAUAUCCUUCAACGUCACAUGGAGAGGAGAGGUGUCCAAGUCACACCAGUUGACCACUGAUAUUCCUCAGGAAUCAGUGCUUGGACCCCUCAUCUUCUUGAUCGACACUACAUCACUCAGACCAGUCAUUAAAGCACAUGGCUUUUCCUACCACUGCUAUGCAGAUGAUACACAGCUUUACCUGUCGUUCCAGCCUGAUGACCCCAUUGUCUCAGCUCGUAUCUCUGCCUGCCUCUCUGAGAGCUCAUGUGAAUUCUACUCAUAGAAUGAGGCAUAAAGUCAUUGAUAACACAUUUUAAUGUUACAUUAGUUUAGGUUUUACAUGUGGUCCUCAUAUUUAAAUGCUUCUUUAAAUGCCUCCCACAGUGGUGUGGCAGGUGUCCGAAUAUUCGGGAACAGUAUACCAUUGCUCGCCUGUUUAGAACUUCUUUUUACCCCUGAACAAAGAACGAACAAUAACUUCUAUGGAAGUAUAUCAGGGCCUUCACUCUCUGCGGUCACUGAAUGAACGGAGCCUGGUGGUCCCAUCGCAAAAAGGCUCUAAGUCCUUUUCAGGAUCAUUCACUUUCUCUGUUCUUCUGUGGUGGAAUGAGCUUCCAACUUUCACACGAUCUGCUGAUACCAUCUCAACAUUCAAGAACCAGCUGAAAAAACAUCUGUUCUGCGAGCAGUUAACCAAUCCACAAUAAUUGGACUUACUAUAAAAAAUAAAAAAAAUAAACUUUCCUUGUCUGUCUCUUUCUCCUGCGCUAGCUUUAAUACUACUUCAGCCACUUUGUGAACUUGGCAGUGGGAUAUUGCAGUUACUGUUGACUUUUGUAUGACAAAAAGUUUGCAAAGCUUGCUAUGUUCUUCAUUUGCAAGUCACUUUGGAUAAAAGUGUCUGCUAAAUGGCAGAUGGGGAGCUUAUUCAGAAAGCUGUUUUGAAAACAAAGAGUAUUUUUGCAGUUCUGUUUGGUGGUACUAGUGGCACAGAUUGUUUAAUAAAAUUCUAAGAGAGAGAGAGAGAGAGAGAGAGAGAGAGAGAGAGAGAGAGAAUGGUGUUAUUGGUGAUGAAGAAAUAAUGGAAGAAUUUGAAUAAUGAAAAACAAAAAACUUUCUAUAUUAGCAAACUAGUUAUCCAUGUGCAAGUAAAAACCGUUCCCAUUGUAGAACUUGUAUGUUCUGUAACUCUGGCCACAUCCACUAAUCCAGUGGUUCUCAACCAGGGGGUCUUGACCCACUAGGGGGCCUCAGCACACUUCCAGGGGGGCCUCAAGACCUCUUAAAAUUAUUUAAAAUAAGGUAGGUUAUUAUAAUUUGUCUAUAAUUAAUAAUUAAACUUGUUGAAAAUGCUAAAUAAAUAUAAAAUGCAAUAAUCAUUUUAUGAACAACAUACAUUUUUAGACAUUUCUGAUAUCACAAAAAUGUAUCAUGAUUAAUUGUUUUAAUCUAUUGCUAAUAGAUAUAUGUCUUAUAAAUAUUUAAAAGCCAAAUAUUUUCUCCGACAAUGGGGGGCCUUGGAGUCAAAAAGGUUGUGAACUACUGCACUAAUCUACAUCUACACUAACCAGAUGUUGUUUGAAACCGUUUUCAGUUUCGAGUUUAUAAAAGAAAAAGAAAGUCGCAAUUUCGAAAUAAAAAGUCGCAAUUGUGAGAUAUAAGCUCACAAUUACAAGAAAUAUUCACAAUUGUGAGACAAAAAGUGAGAAUUACCUUUUUUAUUUUUGUAUUCCGCUUCCAUAUAAUAUCUGUCAGGUAAUAAGGACAUUUUAUUCGCUAUAUUGAUAAAAAAAAAAAAAAAAAACGCUUACAACACCUUUUAAGUAUCCAAAUACUUUUGUGCCACUGUAAAGGGUUAAAACAUCUUUGGCUAGACGUCAAGUACUCUCUGAUUCCCCACAGCGAUGAGAUGAGAGCGCUGCAGCGGGUUCCUCGCUUUCUCUCCGGGUCCAUGUUGGAGUUGAUCUCUUCUGCUGGGUCAUUUCAGGCCACGUCUGCCCGAUCACAGCAGCAAACACUCACAGUACAGGGAUAUUUAAUACAGGACAUAUACAAUACUGUGUGCCAGCUUCGAGAUUUUCAUGUUGGGAUCGAUCUGUAAACCUCAGCCCUGGCAGGAGUGAUCACUGCCACAUCUGUCUGCCUCGACUGCUGUGAUCAGCUCGGAGACGACUCAGAUAUUACACGGAGCAAGAUAUCAGGGAGGCCGUGGAUGCCAUAAGAAUGAUGUUAAAGGCCUAAUACACAGCAGUAUGUCAGAGCAAGCAGACAAAUGCACCCUCCGCUGGAAAGAUGAGCCCAUGCAGAAUGGGUACAUACCAAGUUACCUGGACAAGGAUGAGCUGUGUGUUGUGUGUGGGGACAAAGCAACUGGUUAUCAUUACCGCUGCAUUACCUGCGAGGGCUGCAAAGGUUUUUUCCGGCGCACAAUCCAGAAGAACUUAAACCCGACAUACGCGUGUAAGUACGAGGGGAAGUGUGUCAUUGACAAAGUCACCCGAAACCAGUGCCAGGAAUGUCGCUUUAAGAAAUGCAUCGCUGUCGGCAUGGCAACAGACUUGGUGUUGGAUGACAGCAAGCGUCUGGCCAAGCGGAAGCUGAUCGAGGAGAACCGUGAGCGACGGAAGCGCGAGGAACUGCAGAAGACAGUGUGGGAUCGGCCGGAGCCCACACAGGAGGAGUGGGAGCUGAUCCGCGUUGUCACAGAGGCACACAUGGCCACGAAUGCCCAGGGCAACCACUGGAAACAGAAGCGCAAAUUCUUGGUCGAGGAAGCAAUGCUACUUAAUGAAAUAACAUGUAAUUUAUUCUGUACUUCUGACCAGAGUGCAGUGGGGGUGAAGGAAGCCAAGCCAGAGGACAUCGGUUCAGCACCCAUCGUCAACGCCCCAGAGGGAAGCAAAGUGGACAUAGAAGCCUUCAGUCAGUUUACAAAAAUUAUCACCCCCGCCAUCACACGUGUCGUGGAUUUUGCCAAAAAACUGCCCAUGUUCUGUGAGCUGCCCUGUGAAGACCAGAUCAUCUUGCUGAAGGGUUGCUGUAUGGAGAUCAUGUCUUUACGAGCGGCCGUACGUUAUGAUCCCGAAAGCGAGACCCUGACUCUAAAUGGAGAGAUGGCAGUCACGCGGGGGCAGCUCAAGAACGGGGGUCUGGGUGUGGUCUCAGAUGCCAUAUUUGAUCUGGGAGUCUCAUUAUCCUCCUUUAACCUGGAUGAUUCGGAAGUGGCAUUACUGCAAGCCGUCAUUCUCCUCUCAUCCGAUCGUCCAGGUUUAACGAGUGUGGAACGGAUCGAGCGCUGUCAGGAGGAGUUCCUCUUGGCCUUUGAACAUUACAUCAACUACCGUAAGCACAAGGUGGUGCACUUCUGGCCCAAGCUGCUGAUGAAGGUGACGGACCUGCGCAUGAUUGGUGCCUGCCAUGCCAGCCGGUUCCUACAUAUGAAGGUGGAGUGUCCCACAGAGCUGUUUCCACCCCUUUUCCUGGAAGUGUUCGAAGACUGACGGCCACCCAAUGAGGCCAAGCUGCUCCAUCAACACCAACCUCCACAGAUCCGACCUCCCCUCGAACUCCGUCGCCCUGUUCCUGGUCACAUGACUCUGUUCUAUUACUACUGAGCGUCUUUUCAUUCCGUAGUUUUAGGAGUAGCUCUCUGGCCUCGUUUGAACGCAACCAUUCCUUUUACAAAGCGGGUACAUGUGAAUAGCGUUACAAAUUCUUUUUUGUUUUGCCUUCUUUUUUGUAAAAAUUCACCUUUCGAUUUCUCUAGAAUAAUUUUUUUAUGUAAAACUGUUUCAUUUGUGAUCAUAGUCUUUGAUGCGGCUUCUCUGAGAUGUAUGAACUAUGCAUUCAAAGGGUUUAAUUUUGAGUAGAAAUCGGUAUCACUUCAGGCCUUGGAAAAAAACAUCAAAUAGAAGCACACUACAAAGGAGGAAAACAAUACUCCUUUUUACUUCAACGUUCACUUCCCUUAUCUGUGGGUCUAAAGGUCUUUUCAUUUGCCAAGGUUAUGAAAAUCAGGGGUGUAUGAACGAUUUGAAAAGUGGGGGGCACACAUUACAGGGUUCCCACAUUCAUGGAAAACCUGAAAAUAUUAGGAAAUAUCAAUAAAAAAAUUGUCCCGGACACAUCAUGGAAAUUAUAAAAAUUUGAAGUUAUGCUCAGCUCUAAAAUAUUUUAUUGGCGAGAAAUUGUUCUUUAUGAGUGCAAUAUCUAUAAAAUUAUUUUUAAAAUCCUGAAAUCGUGUAGUUAAUUUUCCAGUAAUCAUGAAAGACUGGAAAAGUCUUCACUGGUCAAAAGGGGUGGGAACCCUGAUAUUAAGGCCUAAGUGCUGAUUGUUCCAAAACCUAGACAGCUGCCUACAUAUGCAUUUCUGAAUGGCAAAUCAUCAGUUAUAAUGAUGGUUAUGCCUCUGAAUAAAAUCAUAGUUCUUUUUCAGAUCUUCACAAUACUCCAGUUUGAGUUCCUGAGCACACACAAACAGGCACUCCCAGGAAUAAACAAAAAGGGUUUCAUGACCUUGAAGGAUGGUCUUUACAGACUUUAGCCCAUGAGGAACCUGUUAAGAAAGUGAAAGUUGGCAGAAACACACACCAGGUGUCAAAAAACGUCCUUACAAAAAUCAUACCGUCUAAACAUGUGUUGGGCUGCUCGGAGGAAUAUGAGGUCAUGAAUUUGAACCCUGCCACUGCUAAAACAGCUGACCUGCCUGGCUGAUUUAGAAGGAACUCUGUCUGUAGCUGUCACGCAAUAGAUCCAAGGCGACGCUUCUGCUUGAACUUGUUGGUGCUAUGAGUUUGCCGAUUUAUACCUCCGUCAGUGCUCUCAGUUAACCUCAGAAUUGAACACAACACACAAACUCUCAUUCACACACACACACACAAAUACACAACACUUAGCUCAGUGGUCACCCCUGCAUUCUGUGAUGUAUGUGUCCGUGAUGCCGUUUCAGCUGUUCUCAUUUCUGUUCUGUUUUUCUUGUAGAGUUUUUAAUCUUUCAUCCUCGUGUGCUGCAAAAGAGUUUGAAUCUCACAUACCUCUACUGAUUAUCAGGAAGCAACAGAACUGGUUAUUUUCUUUUUGUUGAAAGAUAACAUGAAUUCAAACUCGCACCUGGCAGCACAAUGAAUCAGUGUUUUGUUAUAGUGAUGCCUUUUGUAAGCAAUAGAAUAUUACAUGUGGUUUUUCAUGAUUUGGAUUACACAUACAAGCACAUACAUGCCAACAUAGAUACUACAUAUACAGACUCGAAGUUAAUGCACAGACAAUCAAUGUGUGAGCAGAGAGAGGAAGAGAGACAUGUAGAGGGAGGGAAUGGUCAUAGCCAGGGUCCAAAAUUAACCUUUGCCAAGCGCCAAAUGCAUUUAGCUGGUGAAUAAAACUUGGCAGUUGACCGGUAACUUUAUUAGCAAAUGGACCAUUGCAUGGUUUAAGUCGAACUGAAGAUGCAAAUAAGAUCACCAAAAUAUGCUAACUUGAGGCAGAACAUUUUUCUAUUCAGUAAGAAGACAUGCACAUAAACUAUGAUGGAAACACAUUUACCCAAUAUAUAGAACUGAUAUUGGAAUAUAGAUGCACAUCAAAAAAGUCAUGUGACUGCUUCAACAAGCCAUUUGAAUACAUAAUUUGCUCAGAGAAUUCAUCAAUAUCAUCACAUAGCAUCUGAAAUGUUGUUGUGGUUAUUCAGAAAUGCCAAAGCCUGUCAUCAAAAUGAUUGGCUACUAUUAUCUCCCAUAACAGUGUGACACGCUUUCACAUCCAGACAAAACGCAUAUGCCGCUGAAUGCUAGCUAAAAUGAAUUUCGUCAAAGCGUUUAGUCUGCGCACUCAAAACCCUAAGUCAAGUCAUUUUUAUUUGUAUAGCUCUUUUCACAACACACAUAGUUUCAAAGCAGCUUUACAGAAAAAAAGCAUUAACAGAAAAUGAAACUGUAAUAUCUAUAAUGUCUUAGAGUCAUCAUUGUGUAGUUUGAUUAAAUAUGGUUGUAAAUUGUGUAUAAAAAUAAAUAAUUAAAUAAUAAUUGUAUUUAUAAGCCCAGCGAGCAAGCCGAAGGCGACUGUGGAACACAAAACUCUAUAAGAUGUUGGUUAAUGGAGAAAAAUAACCUUGGGAGAAACCAGACUCACUGUGGGGGCCAGUUCCCCUCUGGCUAACCAGCAUGAAUAUAAUGCCAAUAUUAGUUAUUUAUGUGCAGUGCAAGUCCUGGUUUAAAAUUAGUAAACUAAGUAAGUGUUAACUGUAAGAUUAAUGACUAAUGUCUUUGAAGUUCAUCCUGGAUUAACUGCAGAAGUUCACAUAGAUGCAUUGUCCUUUGUUAGUUGCCUGAUGAAGGCUUUUGUUGGCAGUUAAUUGAUAUUCUAUAUAUUCCAUAUUAAGAGUGUAGUCCAUCAUUAGACCAAGGUGAUGCAGGCAGAGAUCAGUGAGGUGCAUCGCAGUUCAACCAACAGGUCAUUUUGGUGAGGUCGAUCCUUAGCCCAGGGUUUAGGCAGUGGGAUAUGAAGCAUGUUUUAUGGUUGGAGUUGGCGUCAGUUCUUCCUCUGAAGUUCAUCGUAAUAGACUGAAGUGAUGUCUGGCUGGCACCAGCUGCAUUUAGUCGUCAUCACUCAGAUACUCGUAGCAGUGGAGUCUGACACCAAGCAGGAACGGAGCUGGAUCUAGCCUGCUCUGGUAACAGGGAAACAUAUAGAAUAAUAUUAGCAUAGAUGACAUUCAAUUUUUUGCAGGGUUAUAGAUCAUGAUAAAUGUUUCUGGUUCUGGCAGACCUACUGUAACUAAAGCAGCCUAAUUGUGAGUUGAUGGAUAAAUUAGGUGUAUGCCUGGCUAAAUAGAUGAGUCUUUAUUCUAGACUUAAACUGAGUGAGUGUGUCUGCGUCCCGAACAGUGUUAGGGAGACUAUUCCAUAGUUUAGGAGCCAAAUAGGAAAAUGAUCUACCUUCUUUUGUGGAUUUUGAUAUUCUAGGAACUAUUAACCAGAACCAGGCCAGAAUUUUGCGAUCAUAAUGAACGUGAUGGAAUAUGGCAUGGUAGAAUGUCACUUAACCAUUCAAAGCAUUGUACUAAACAAAAUAUUUGAAUUAAUACGAACUUUAAAAGGUAGCCAAUGUAACAAUGAUAAAAUGGGGCCAAUAUGAUCAUUUUUCUUGGUUCUAGUCAGAACUCUGGCUGCUACAUUUUGAACCAAUUGAAGCUUAUUUAUUGAACUUGCUGGACAUCCUCCCAGUAAUGCAUUACAAUAAUCUAGUGUUGAGGUUAUGAACGCUUGAACAGAGAGCAUGUGUCGUAAUUUAGCAAUAUUUCUGAGGUUGAAGGAUGCUGUUCUACAAACAUUGGAAAUUUUAUUUUCAAAGGACAGAUUGCUAUCAAAUGUAACACCUAAUUUCUUUGCUGUAGAAGACGAAGUAACAGUACAUCCAUCGAGAGUCAAAUUAUAUUUUAGCAGCUUAUUUUUAGCAGGUUGUUGUUCCAAUAAUUAGUACCUCUGUUUUGUCAGAAUUGAGUAAUUCAGUACAUUUCAUAAAAGAGCCACAGUGGCUUUAACUUCUAUUUUCAUUUCUAUUUUGCACAAGUUUCUCCAGAAGUGAUGAUUUUGAACAUAAAUUAAAUUCGUAACUUGACCACUAUGACUACUAAUGCAUGUUACUUGAGCGAAUCAAAUUAAAGACCUAAACAGAUUCUAUGCAAAUGCAAAUGUGAAUUCUUGGCCAACACAUUACUUGCGUGCAGCUCUGUUGUACAGACUGUGGCAGUAACAACCCCCAGUACUCAAGGGGUCGAUAGAGUGACCUUUAAAUGUCUGUGUCAUGAAACUAAAUGUUAUUAUUAAACAGUUUGAAUAGCUUCAGCUAAUUUGCUUAGCAAGAUUCUCUUAAAGGAAUGUUCUGGGUUCAAUACAAGUUAAGCUCAAUCGACAGUAUUUGUGGCAUAAUGUUGAUUACCACAAAAAAAAAAAUAUUUGACUCGUCCCUCCUUUUCUUUAAAAAACUGUAAAAGUAAAAAACUGGGUUACAGUGAGGCACUUACAAUUCCAAUUUUCGAACAUUAAAAUACUGUUUCAAAAUUAUAGUCACAAGACAAAAAGUAUAUACGUGUAAACAUGAUUUUAGUGUGAUAAAAGUGCUUAUAAACCGAGUAAAGUUAUAGCCAAUUUUACAACUUCGUUACCAUGACGAUGUAAUGUCAACAAACCCUAAAAUGACUAAAAACGGUGAUUUAAACAACAUUUUCAGCUUAAAUAAUACACAAGUUUUAACAGGAGAAUUAAUGUAAGUGCUUUUAUAAAACAAAAAAAGCUUCACAUUUCUGCCUUUAAACCCUCCAAAAAUUGGCCACGUUCAUUUUCAUUGUCCCCAUUCACUUCACUUGUAAGUGCCUCACCUUAACCUCAAUUUUUGCUUUUUUUAAAGAAAAGGAGGGAGAAAAUAAAUUUUUGUGGUAAUCAACAUUAUGCCACAAAUGAUGUCAAUUAAGCUUUACUUGUAUUGAACCUGGAAUAUUUCUUUAAACAUUUGCUCCACCAUGAUAGUAGCUGACCUGAAAGAGACAACUGACCGUAGACAAAGAUUAGCUCGCUAUAAAAAACCCUUGUGGUAAUGCUUAAAAUGCAACUUGCAUGGUGUUAUGAAUUACGAAAUGAGACAUUUCCACGUAAACACUUGAAAUCAAUCUUGCAUAGCUAGAAGAAUCUGCAUUCACGUACUUGCAUAGAAUAUGUUUCAGGCCAGAUACACAAACGGUCUUUUAACGAUCUAUCAUCGUAAUUUGUAAUAAUUUAAUACAAAAUAAUAUGCAAGACAAAAACAGCAUAAUAAUUUAAAGGUGAACUCAGUAAUUUUUUGUGAAUGUCACUUUGGACUUACACUGACACCUAGCGGCGUGGAUGAAGCAUCAUUCAAAAUCAGUUGUUUUCAGUUACAGUCGCCAUUAUAGAAAUGCACUACUCUCCCUUAGCCAUAAUUUUUUUAAUCCAUUUGUUAAAGUGUCCAAUAACAGAGCAUUUACUUGCUGAAGCUAGUAGUAUUCUUCUGGUCAUGUGAUCCAAACAUGGCAGCCCCCAUUAGGGGACCCUCUCCAUGUAAAAUAAAACAGCUUUUAUAAGGUUACUGAUAUGACUGGAGACUUAAAUUUAAUGUGAGUGCUCAUGAUUUAUACAAAUGUUUCAAAGUUACUAUUUAUUUCUUUAGCAGUAAAACGUUUUUAAAGAGGAAAAAAUUACUGAGUGCACCUUUAAUUGUUAUGCAAAAUACAGUUUCAUUGUUUGUAAGAAAUAUUACUGGUCCGUAAGUUUUCUUUAAAGGUAAAAAGUUAGUUGUGGACCCUGGCCACAGUUUUCCACUCUAGUCAGAAAAACACAAGCUUGCACAAUACGCAGGAGUCAAUACUGUGUCCUCUCUGACAGCACAGGUUAAGAAAAAACACAAACACGCACUACAGAAUAAAGGUAUUUAUGGUGUAAAGGAAAUAGGCUGUAUUUUUUCAGACUGCAGAUAUUUUUUACAGAUGUUAUAUGCACAAUAUGAACAUUUUACAGUUUGACAAACACCACAAGGAAACGAAAGACUGUCUCAAAAAAAAAAACUUAAGAAAAACAAAAAUACAGCUGUUUUUAACAAUCCUGGUUUAGUGGUAAUCUCUCUCCAGUGUACGUUUCAUUAUUCCAAAUUCAUUGUUCAUGUUAACGAAAACAAAUAUAUACUAUGUUAUCUACUAAUACUAAUCAUUUAAAAGACAAAAUCCAGCACUCAAAACAAAUGUUAGGUAAAAUGGAAAGAGAUCCUCAGUGGUCGUCAGCAUAAAUAUAAAGCCCAUAUUUCAGAGCUGGCCAGAUCUUAUCAGGUUAAACUCAAAGAAAUAGAUUUCUAGAAACAAUCACAUCAAGAAUUCUGUUUCUACGUGUCUUACUGUUUUUUUUUUUGUUUUUUUUUUUUGUUUUUUUACCAAAAUGAACGUGUUGCACAAGCCUGCUGUGUGACAGUGAAGUCUUGAAUUGAACUCUUUAGAUGAUGAUUUAAUUUGAGUGCCCUGGAAGAGAUGUUGCACUAAAAUUAAAAAAAACCCAGUUUUGGCAAAAGAUGAUGAUGGUGAAGAUAAUGAUGAAUAUUGCACCUGAAGUGAACUGAGUGAAAGGAGAAUAAAGAUGGUUUUGAGAAACCCCUGAAA